AUGUUGUCGUUUCUAUUAAUGAUAUUUUCAUCCAGUGCAGUAUUACAAACGGAUACUGAAGGAUGGAUGCCAAAAAGAUAUCCCGAUUCACGCUCGAAUUUCACACAAUGUCAUACAUGGCCUGGAUCAGCAUUUUGUGAUCCGGAUCAUGUCCUGACUGCGAAACGUAUUCAAACACAAAUGAACCAAACAACAAUGACCAUCAAAAAUACCUUGGCAGUUGAUCAAACUGACGAAAUCAACUGA